AUGGCUUCGGUGAUUAACGGAAUGCCUAAAAGAAAGAAAGAGCAACAUGAUGAUGAUGAUGCUGAUGAUGACAAUGACUCAUUGUCACAUAAUAUUAAGAAACCUCGUCGUGUGGUUUGGUCUCAUGAUCUUCAUAAAAAGUUUGUUGAUGCUGUUAAUGUACUUGGCAUUUCAAAUUCAAAGAUUGUUCCGAGUAAAAUAGUUGCUUUAAUGAAUGUGGAUGGAAUUAGUACCGCUCAUGUCGCUAGCCAUCUCCAGAGAUACAGACUCCGUAACAAAGAGGCUGCACAUGAAGCUGAUAGAGAUAGGGUUCCUUCAACAAAGAUUCUUCAGCCUACUGAUCAAUCUCAAAACAUCACCAACAGCUCCUUUAACAAAAAGCAUGUCCAUCAAUCUCACACACAAAUUUACUCUCCAACCGGUUUCAACAUAAGUGGAGUCUCUCCUUCAACACUAAUUCAAUCUCAAAAUAUCAACAUCCAUCCACCACCAUCCACUUUUCCUAUAAAUCAUUACACCUCUAGUCUUCCAACUCCACUUGGAUUUCCAACAACAUCAGACUUCCAUGAUGUAGGGACAUUUGUUGGAUCAUCUGCUUCUUCAACACCGAUUCAACCUAUUCCAUCCACCUCGUCAAUCAUCCAUCCACCACCGUACAAGUUUCCUAUAUAUCAUCAAAACCCUAGCUUUCCAACUCUUGUCAACCAAUCUACAACUCCACUUGGAUUUUCAACAACAUCAGACUUCCAUAAUGUAGGGACAUUGGUUGGAUCAUCUGCUUCUUCAACACUCAUUCAACCUAUUCAAUCUCAACCUAUCAACACCUCGCCAAUCAUCCAUCCAAUAUAUCAUCCAAGCUCUAGUUUUCCAACUGACGUUAACCAAUCUACAACUCCACUUGGAUUUCCAACUACAUUAUUCGACUUCCAUGAUGUAGGCACAUUUGAUGGAUCAUCUGCUUCUUCAACACUCAUUCAACCUAUCAACACCUCCUCAAUCAUCCAUCCACCACCAUACAAGUCUCCAAUAUAUCAUCAAAGCCCUACUUUUCCAACUCUUGUUAACCAAUCUACAACAUCCCACUUCCAUGACAUUAGGGCUACUAACGUAUGCCUUCCCCCAUCUUUCUAA